UUCAGGCCGGCGCUGCAAUUUCAGAAUCUGCCCUUGUAUAUGGCGGACGAAAAUUUCCACAGGAGGAACCGCAACACUAACCCCCUGUGCACAGCACAGACGGAACGGCUCGACGAAGCCGUCAAACCCCUCGAAUUCAUUACUCAAAUACGCCAUCACGCUUUUCUAAAAUGUAACGUAGCGGGUCGCAAGAAAGGGAAAAACCGCUUUGGUGAAAUUUUUAAUCAUUUGGAAUUUCUCAUAACUAAUUCAGAAUUUUUUUUGAGGAAGCAGAUUUUGUGCCGUCACCUCUGGUCGGGGAGGGAGGAUUUUCUGGAGCAGUAGCCUGUUUCGCAUGAGCUGCAUCGCAUUUAGAGGCAGCCUCUUUGCACUACUGUUCGCCUCUACAACCAGAAGCACAGGCUCAGAGGAGGUGGAGUCAUGAGUGCACCGGAGGCACCUAAUCCUGGGAAGGAGCAGGCUGAAAGCGGAAAUGGGAAUGCAGCCACGGAUCCCUCCACAGCCACAAGUAGUACGCCACCGACGGUUGCUGUGAAGAAAGAGCCUGGGAUCUCAGAGAAGAGCAAUGGGAAAGUUGGAGAUGCCAACCCUGCUGAGAUCUGUGUCGUUAUUGGAGGAAAAGAUGGAGGAUCAAGCGGAGGUGGAACCCGUAGAGCUCAAACCGAGGGUAUGUUUGCCCUUGGUACUCCUCCUCCAACGAAGAGCACUGACUCAUGCAUAGGUUCGUAUGUAUGUGCAGUGUGUGGGAAGAAGUACAAAUACUACAACUGCUUUCAGACACACGUCAGAGCACACAGAGAAUCAGAGAGCAUGGUUGGAGAUGGUCUGCCUCAGACACCCAAUAGUAGCUUCCGUUACUCUUGUGACAUCUGCGGCAAGAAGUAUAAAUACUACAGUUGUUUCCAGGAGCACCGUGACCUACACGCAGUGGAUGAUCCGUAUGAACAGGUGGUUCUCCCUGUUGAUGGCCUUAAAGAGGAGGAGCCUAUUGAACCCUAUCAGAAAAUUGGACCAAAAACUGGGAGCUAUGUUUGUGAGUUCUGUGGGAAGCAGUACAAAUACUUCAACCCAUACCAGGAGCAUGUUGCUCUUCAUACACCAUUGGGGUCAUUUGAUUUGAAGACUUCACGUGUACAAGAAUGUGGUACCCUGGACAUGAGUAAAUUUAGCCACAGCCAAGCUAGUAAGAUAAAAAGUCUGAGCAAAGCACUGAGCAACAGCCCAUUUAGACGGAAAUUAGAGAGCGCGAUUCAGACCAGUUUGGUUGAUACAAACAGUUCGCAGAACUCAAGUGCAGGAACUCCGAGCCCUCUGGUGGCCACCACCUUCUCUACAUCACAAAAGCCCUACACUUGUGGUGCCUGUGGCAUCCAGUUCCAGUUCUACAACAACCUCCUGGAGCACAUGCAGUCGCACGCUGCUGAUAAUGAGAACCACACCAAAGGGGACUCUCCCAAAACCUCUUCAGCUUCGGGUCCUCAAGAGCAGCUGUGGAGAGGGUCCCAGGCUCAGGCCCAUCCCUCAGUGAAAAUACAAAUCCAGCCUCAAAGUAUCUCUCAGAGGAACCAUACACUCAGCCAGAACAAUGGGCUACCUGAGAAGGAGAGACAGCAGGUGGCUGAGCGCCUAUUACGGGUAAUGUGCUCUGAUCUGAACAUGCUCAAUGUGCUAAACAGCAAAGACUUCCUGAAGCUGGCACAGACCCUUGUGGACACAGGGGCUCGUCACGGUGCCUACUCCACCCGCGAUGCUCUUGGCAACAUGAGUGCCUUGGCACUGCGCCAGCUCCCCCGUAUGUACAACCAAGUGAAAGUCAAAGUCACGUGUGCCCUGGGCUCCAAUGCUUCAUUGGGCAUCGCGGUGACCUGCCACUCCCAGACCUCUGGCCCAGAUGCCUGCUACGUGCUCACAGCCUAUCAGGUGGAGGGAUCCCGCCUCAAACGUUACGUGCUCGGUGUAAGGGAGGCGGAGCUGAGGGAGGGGCCCGAGCAGAUCCACCACUGGGUGCAGAACGUGCUGUCUGAGUUUGUCAUGUCAGACAUUCGAACCGUUUAUGUCUCCGAGCCUCGACUGUGGGCAGCCGGAUUCGCAGGAUCGCCACUGGGAAGCGGCGGGCGGGGCAGAAUAUGUUUGCGGUGUGCGGGCUGUUCGCUCGGUGCCGUCGUUCAAGCAGUUCUCGGGAAACGCAGCCUCCAGGCUCGAGGGCUUCACGAGUUAGCCGAGCUUCUCUCAACCUGCAGAGAUAUUGCCUCCUCUUCCACGCUGGCCCUUCGUGAGGAACAGUGCUUCAACACAUCCACAAGCACAACUGAGGAAAGUACACAAGGCUCCCCUGCACAAUGCCCCACACCUCCAUGCUGGGACCGCAUGGCAGAGGCCCUCCUGCAGGUCCACGCACACUUCGAACACAUCUGUGAGGCUUACGGGCGCAGUAAGUCCACCGCGCCACUUCUUCAAGGACUUAACAAACAUCUGCUAAGCACCCUGGCUUGUCUCCUGGCACCUCUUCGCCUGGCAGCUCUGGAGCUGAGCAGCCAGAGGAGACCAACCCUACAGCAAGUACUACCUGUCUAUCUGCGCUUGGAGAAGUUCUUCACAUCUAAAGCUGGGGAGGCUGGAACCGGCACCGCUAGCAAACUCUGCCACUAUUUUCUUGAAGCGCUCAAGGAAAACUUUAAGGUUGAAAGAGCCCACCAGGUGGCCAUGGUCCUGGACCCACAGCUCAAGCUGCGUUCAGUUCCAGCCUACCAGCACGAGGACAUCAUUUCCCGUGCCUGCGAAUUGGCUGCUGAAACCAGGGAUGGAAGUCUGAGUGGUGGAGGUGGUUCUAGUGGAGAAGAGAGGGAUGGAGACGGACCUCCCACCCCGAAAAUAAGCCGUAUAGAUGGCGCUGGAAACAACGGCGGACCCUCAAGAGGUUCCUCUUUGGUUUCUGGGAACGACGAAGGUCCGGGGCAAGUUAGACAAGAGAUUUUUCAGUACCUGGCCGAACCUCUUGUCCAAGGUACGCCUGAGCUCUUUCAGUACUGGAGCUCGACAGUGAGUGAGAAGUUCCCCCGGCUCGCUCGCUUGGCGCUGUGGCUUCUCGCUGUGCCUGCGGUGGGCAUACGCAGUGAGUGUGUGACUGUGUGUGAACAAAGUCUGGCAAUGAAGAGGAGGCAGCAGGUCACUGCUGAGGAGAUGAAUAAACUCAUUUUUCUUCGCUCUAAUAUGGGUUAAAAAAACCAACCCAACAUUCCCUAAUCAACCAAACGAUCAUCCAACCAAUGACUGAAGAUGCAUAUUUAUGUACUGUAGGUUUUAGAUGAACUGUAAACAUCAGUGUGUAAGAAAACUAAAGACUCCUCAAGGCAGAAUAAUACAGAAAAAACACACACUGCAAAGACUGUACACACAUAUAAAAUUAAAUGGCUUUUUAUAUAUUUUGUGAGGACCGGGCUGAUGUAAAGUACAGAGCAAAGAGCAGGAGUGGAAUGGCAUCUCUGAUAAGACGAGACAGUCCUGUUUGGUGCGCUGCCCUUGGUUUAAGACGCACGUGUGAGCAGGAAGAAUUUCAUCUGUCAGUGAUUUAAAUUACUCCAGCCUAAUGAUUAAACCUCUACAAGGCUACGAUGCUGUUACUCUCACUGGUUGACAAUAUUUUCAGGUAAUUAGAGCUCUCACUGCUUCGGCCUACUGUUACACACCUCUGAAAAAAACCAACCUACUUCUCAAAACCGUUCAGGAGGGAGAUAACGGCAAACUACUGUAGCAGUAUAUUUAGGGUUAUAAUGAAAGGAUUACGUAGUUAAUACUCACUGCCACUGCACCUCUGAAAAUUGGGUGCACUAGGUUUAGGAUUUUCUUACACAACUAACCUAAAAUGAAAAUACUUCAGCUUAGUUGACAUUGGACUAUAGGCAGGAAACGGAGCUUAAACGUUGCAGAUGCUUUGAUGGCCAGAAAAUGUAGCGUUGGAGGAUUUGCAUGCACUGCAUGCAUUUUUUUCUCAACUGAGAAGGUAACUAAUUUUAUGUGAUGCUUUCCUUUUUAAUUACAGAUGGUGAAGAAAAUUGCUGAAAUUGUUUUCUUCGCUUCUUGAUAUACAAGUCAAACCAUUAGAGUUGCACAGGUCUGAAAUUAAUAGAAGUGGAAGGAUUAAAAGAGGAAAGCAUCCAAUUAAAUAUUUUCGUUUCACGUUUUUUAAUGAAAUUGUUCAGUCAUACUUGUUCUAGCUGGAUUACUCCCAAAAUGUAUUCCAUUACAUUAUGAAAUAAUAACUUUUAAAAUGUUUUAUUGUUUUAAAACAGCACAACCCAGGUAGUAUAUUGCUCAAAGACCUCCUACCGUUGAUUUCACUAGCUUAAUGGUUACCAUUGCUGGUAAUUCAGGAAUGCCACAUCACUUUGCACCCGCUAUCAACGAGUAGCAUCAAUGCACUUGUUUUAGAUUCACACAUUGUACCUAGACUCUCAAAAGAACAGCUUAUCAUUCAUUUGGUGAGCUUACUUGCACGAGUUUAUUCCAUAAUGACAUUUUUCAGCAUGUAAAUGUUUUUUUUUUUUUUUCUGAAGCUCGUUUAGAAGAAAAAUACAGUCCAUUGGAAGUGUGCUGGUUUAUUUAUUGUUGCUUCCCAGUGUUCUCAUUCUACUAUAAACAUCGUCUUCCUAUUUUGAGCUAUAGAUUUCCAUUUUUAAGGCAAUAAGCUUUAAUACAGCACACAGGUCCCGUUAUCUGACUGUUCUCACAACGCAAGUCAUUAAUCUGCAUCGAAUCGUUUUAACAUUUGUAAAAUCAAUAGGAUUUUUCUCAGGAACGAGCACAUCCGAGCAGGCACCGCCACUUUUUCCUCACUGUACCUAAAAAAGAAACCAAACUGUGACCUCAGUGCUGAGGUGGAUACCGAACCACGACUUUGAUUUUCAACCAUUCCACCCAAAAUACACCUGGUGCCAUCGAAAAGAAACACUGAGGAAUUUUUAUUUUUUUUAAUUUUUUGGUCUACCAGUGUAUCCGCUAAACUUAACGUAAGUGUGAUCAUGAAGUGAGUGUAGAUUAAAUUGCGCUAAUACCUCCUUAAAUGGCUUGGAAGAAUGGAAACUGCUGUUUGUUGCCUUUGGUAAUUACUAUUCAAUCUCUGGUUUGUUCUCUCUGUUUAUGGGCCUUAAGUCUCUUCCUUGACUCGACCUGUAACCCUUCAGUUAUCUUGCCUUUGUUUUGUAGAUUAAUUGCCUUCUUUUAUGUUAAGCAUUCGCUUCUUUUCUUUUGGCCAUUCAUGUAGACUUAUCAGGAAUUUAUAGCUGGAAACAGCGUCCUCUAGUGUCCACAUGGUGACAUUUUUUUUGUGACUUAAGUGCUUUAUUUAUAUGUUUAUUAGGUGAAAUCAACUGAGCAUGUAUGCUCAUAAAACAGGUCAGUAAUAACUUAAGCAUUAAAACAGGUAUCCACUGUAUAAAUAGACUUAAAAUGACUCUACAUGAGAAUCGAAUUUCAAUAUUUAGAUUAUUUUUAUUGGUCUCAAACCGAAGGACGUUUCAAAACUGAUACUGUGAUUUGAGAUUGUAUUUUCACACAUCUUGAAUUUUGCUUAAUAUUCCUAAAUGCUGCAGUGCAGUUAUUUAUUUUCUCAUUCCUCCCCCACCACCAAGUAACCCUUCACUUUGUAAAAUAAUAAUAAAAAAAAACACUUAUAUUUCUCCACACCUCAAAAUCCCCUUACCAUAUUAUACACUGUACUAUAAGAGAUGUUUUGCAGCUUUCAGGUGAUAUUGCAUUCUUUUCUGUUGAAGCCUGAAUGAUGACAGUUUCAGUACAAUAACAGCCUUCUCAGAAAACACUGAUGGACUGUACACAGAAACAAAGUCCUUUUAACACUGUUAGCACUCACUUUUGCACAGACAGCUUCACACUAAUGCAGUUCGCAGUGAUCAUUGGAAGGCAAAAGGCAGGGCUGUUUUGUUUAAAGUGAAUGUAAGUGUGCAACUAAUGAAAAUACAUAUGUGGGAAGAGUAACACGUUUGUAAAGCCAAAAAAAAAAAAAAGAACAAGAAAACUGAUCAAUCUUUUAUAAGAAUUUCAGAUCAGUACCAGUUUUGAUUCAAAAUCUUUUUUUUCCCCCUUUUAUCUGAUUUUAAUUUUAUGAAACACUUAAAAAAAAAAUGAAGACAAAGAUCCGAGGAUUUGCUUUGCAAACUUUUUGUUUAGCUACAUAUUUUUUAAUAGACUUUAGAUUUUCUUUUUCCCAAGUUCCUAAAGGCCUUGCCACCCCUACUUCCCUAUCCCCACGUUAUGAUUUCUUAGAAUAUUUUGAUUUUGUUUAUUAUAUUUUAAUAAUAAAAAAAAUAGCUAAUAAAAAAGAAAAAAAAAUGACUGUAAAAUCUGUUUGAAAUAGUUUCCAAGUACUAAUCCAAUGUUUUACCUCAGCACUCAGAAGGCAGUAUUGAGAUUUUCAGAAAACAGUUAAUUGAAAUGUGGGUUAGAUCAAACAAAUGGUCAAAAUAUUGUACCUGGUUGUUGGUUUCAACAAUUUUCCUGGGCUUACUGAUGAAGGGAUUUUUCUCACAAUUUUUAUUUUUAUUUUUUGUUGUUGUUCUCCAAUAGGAUAUGCUCUGGGACAAAAUGCCAUUGUUGACAAGAAAUUAAAUUUUCUUAGAAAUAGUAUUCUUUUUUUGUUGAUUAAAUGAAAAAUAUAACUAAGAUAUGCAUGCUUUUGAUAAGAGUAAUCAUAUAUAAUAUUAUUAACCAGUGUUUCUCAUCAGAUAAAAAUGAAUCCUUCUGGCUCUGACGUGAUGUUACUUUAAGGUACUCUGACUGAAUUUCUGCCUCUCAAGGUGGAAGUAGCUAUUCUGUUUUCUGGUUGGUGGUUAGAGGUUGACAUCAUCCCUUUUCAGAAAUGGACUAUGUAAAUACAGGAGAACUGCUGUUUUUAUGCCACAAGGGGGCGCCUUCAUUCAAGAGAAAAAGUGGGGAGCACCAAUAACAUUAUACCUCUUUUUUCUACAGUAGCAUUUCAGAAAGUUUUGAUAUAAUAGAAAAGUCAGCUUAGAUACUUACACUAGAAAUACUGAAUUCAGCUGUAAGUUUUCUUUUGUUUAAGGGGUUUAACUUAUUCAGAUAAUAAAAGUUCAGUUGUGAAGUUGUGGUAAAUGAAUGCUAACAUGGAGAUCUGUUCAACUAGUUAAUUAAUUCAGGUUAAGAACUCGGUGUUGCUUUCAUCCUAUUUUACAGGCAUUUCUUCCUUUUUAUACUCAGCUAAAAAGCAAAAAAAUAAUAAAAAUGUCGGCUUCUGUUCAGCUAGUCUUUUUAUCGCACUUUGGCAGCAGACUUCUGUGUAGAUUCAGAUCUGAGUUGUCUUAUUAGUAAACCUAAUUUAUACUUUUGUAGCAACAAUAUUUUUAUAUAACGGCAAAGAAACGGUUGUCCUUUUGGUUUUGAUUUUUUUUUUUUCUGUGACAUAUAUGACAGCGCUAUUCAAUGUUCCUUGAAUACAUUAUCCUCUGUAGUAUGUUAUGUGUGAAUAAACUUUAAACUUCUGUGUGACAAUAUGCUAA